AUGGCACGCGCCGGCCAGCGUUCCGCCGCCCUUCAAGUUGGCGUCGCCGCGGUCCUCGUUGGCCUCGUCGCGCUCAUCCCAGAAACUAGCGCCGGCGUCUACGACACGUUUGUAAAAUUCCAGGGAACGGGCACUGCUUCCGGUCGCUUUAUUUUCAACGACAGUCCGUGCACGAAUGUCGUGUGGCUGUACUCCACUGCGCCCCCGAUCAACGCGAGCAUCCAGUGGGGCAUCCAGGACGUCCCGCAGCUGAACCUCAAGUGCAUCAGCAUCGCCUUCCACCCGAACUCGGACUGCAAGAGGGAUCCCUACGUGACGUACCAGCGCCCUCUGCCCAUCACCAGCAGCUCCUUCACCAACUGGACGAUCACGACAGCCAAGGGCUUGCCAGGGUCAAUCAAGUGCUGGACGGGCUGCGAGCAGUGUGGGACAGCCACGUGCACCUUGUGCCGUGAUGCAGUGGCAUGA